AUGUACCCCCUAUUUGGCAUUGCUGAACCAUCAAAGUCUGAUUAUACUUUACUAAGUGAUUCAAAAUCACAAACUUUGGUUGCCGAUUCUGAAGAUCAUUGUUCCGUAUCCGCCACGCCCGUUUCACCCGGUGAAGAGUUCACGAAUGGGAGUGCAUCGAAGCGAUUGGCGAAUGCGUUUAACCUCGGAUUAGCUGUGCCAAAAGUAGAAAAAGACAGCGAUCCUGCGCUUGAGGACGAUGGCGAGGUGAGGGUAGUUCGAUUGUUUAGAUUCAUCUUGGUAUCGUAUACUACCACAAUCGCUAUUGUUUUCGCUGUAUCCUGGUAAAU